AUGAAGAAAAGGCUGAAUGCUGUACGGCAUGAUGCUCUCACCGAGCUGGCAGGUUUAAUGAUGCUUCCUUCAGGCGCAGGUUGGCAAAAAACUUAUGUCACUGUGGCAAAGAACUUCUGUAACAAGAACGAGGUGCUGUUGGCCACCACCGCGGUGUUUGUUCAUGGUCAUCGUCUGCUUGCCAAAUUUCUGUCCGACCUUCUGUAUUCUUACGUCUGGCUGGCGUCACAAUCUCCAAGAAAGAUGGGCGGCGUCGAAGCGGAAAUGGAACGGAGCUGGACUUCCAAUCCGUUGUAUAUACCGGAGACCUACUACUCCCGAGACUCCUCCACUAACUCACUAACUCCGCUUCAAACACGCAUCACCAGACCUCCUCGUAAGGGUCUCGACUCCAACGUGAAUUCCACUGCAUCACGCAAGUUCUCAGUCCAACAUGCCAGCAAUGCCACCACCUGCCCGCCUAUGCCAGAUGACAUGUUCCACAUGCUAGUCACCUCAUCAGUUACGCAUCCGCAAGUACAUCAAGCCGCUACUUCGUUUCAUACGAUGAAGAGGACGGAUGAGAAAUGCACCGGGCCCACAUCGCAUCUGCUUGAACCAAUGGACACAGCAUAUCUUAUUGACAAGGGGAAGUUCAAUGAUAAAGCUCGCUAUGGUCGAAGUUCGCAGUUUAGAUUGGAACGGGCACGGACUGCAAGGGAACCAAGGCCGGACCUCUAUAGCGGGAGGCUACGGCUCUAUCUAUGGAGGACAGACUACGACAUGCGCGAGAACUACCGACUACGAGCCAGGACUCCUGCCACCGCGCCUGGGACACCCUGCUCCAAUAUGAAUAAGUGUUAUUUGCGCGUAGAAUUUAUGCAUCGACUUGUGGGGUCGCAGGCUAAGUGUACAUCAAACGAGUUGUAUAGUCGAGCGGACAAAGGGGUGGACGUGACAGAGAUGAGCCAUGAAAUCCAUCAGGGAAACUACCGUGGACGACCGCCAGGAUCGUAUUUUUGGCCUCAGCAUUAUGGGAACCUCGAGCAAAUAUCCAGAUCAGUAUACUGGUUACUGCAGAUACGAGACAUACCAACCAAUUGUGUCCCUCCGACUGGUAGGACUGCCAUAAAAGCUGUUGCUGUCAAGGAAACCAAAGUGCUUAACGCGCAGGACCAGGCACGUCGAGCUUGA